AUGGGAGUGUUAUGGUUCAAACACAUCUUUUUGGAGAACUUUGUUGAGUCCAAUGGACUAUCCCAGACAGUUUUCACCUCCCUUCUGAUUUCAUCUUGCUUGACUUUGAAUUUCAGAGCACCCCCUCUUAUACCAAAUAUACCUUUCCUCUGGGCCUGGAAUGCUCCAACUGAACUUUGUUUUGGAAAGUCUGGUGAUUCAAUAGAUCUGAGCCUCUUCUCUUUAGUAGGAAGCCCCCGAAGAGAUGUCACACGGCAAGGGGUUACGAUAUUUUAUAUUGAUAGACUUGGCUACUAUCCUUAUAUAGAUAAAAUAACAGGCACAAGUGUGCAUGGAGGAAUCCCCCAGAAAGGGUCCUUAAAAGACCAUUUGGAGAAAGCUGAAAAAGACAUUGCCUUUUACAUGCCAACAGACAAUGUGGGGUUGGCUGUCAUAGACUGGGAAGAAUGGAGGCCCACCUGGAUAAGAAACUGGGCACCUAAAGAUGUUUACAAGAAUCAGUCUAUUGAGUUGGUUCAGCAACAAAAUAUACAACUUAGUGUCAAAGAGGCCACCGAGAUAGCCAAAGUAGAAUUUGAAAAGGCAGCAAAGAGUUUCAUGCAAGAGACUUUAAAGUUGGGAAAAUUACUUCGACCAAAUCACUUAUGGGGUUAUUAUCUUUUUCCUGAUUGUUACAACUAUGGUUUUAAUAAACCCAAUUUCAAUGGAAGUUGCUACGAUAUAGAAAGGAGAAGAAAUGAUGAUCUCGAAUGGUUGUGGAAGGAAAGCACUGCCCUUUUCCCAUCCAUCUAUUUGAACAGUGUCUCAUCUAUUCGAGGAGGUGCACUCUAUGUCCGUAAUCGUGUUCAGGAAGCCAUUAGGGUUUCUAAAGUAUCUGAUGCUAAGAAUCCAGUUCCAGUUUAUGUAUAUGCCCGCCCAGUUCUUAGUGAUCUAACUAUGAAAUAUCUUUCAGAGGUUGACCUUGUGAAUACACUUGGUGAAACUGUUGCUCUGGGUGCCUCUGGAAUUGUUAUAUGGGGAAGCCUUGGUUUAAUGCGAAAAAAGAAAUCUUGCUUGAACCUAGAAGAUUACAUGAAGACUACACUAAAUCCUUACAUAAUCAAUGUCACCCUAGCAGCCAAAAUGUGUAGCCAAGUGCUUUGCCAUGAGAAAGGAGUGUGUACAAGGAAACACUGGAAUUCAAGUGACUAUCUUCAUCUGAAUCCAACAAAUUUUGCUAUUCAAAUUGGGAAAGGUGGAAAAUACACAGUACAUGGACAACCCACACUUGAAGACCUGCAACAAUUUUUUGAAAAAUUUCAGUGCAGCUGUUUUCCCAACUUAAUUUGUAAGACAGCUGAUAUAAAAGACAUUCGUACUAUUGAUGUGUGUAUUGCUAACGGUGUUUGUAUAGAGGCCUUUCUAAACUCAGAACCCAGUGUACAACCUACCAGCUGGCAAGAAAAGACUUCUCUCACUUCUGAAAAUGUCUCACUUUCUACAUCAUCUGCCACAAAGUUUUUUGUAAAUACUUUGUUUCUCACCAUGAGUUCUUCUGCAGUGAAUUUGUCAUUCUACAUAUUAGCUUAUGUGAGAAAUAGGUCCAUUUUAAACUGUGCUUUUUAG